CGCCCCUAUAGGUGCUUGUUACAGGAGGAAGAAAGAUGGUGGUACUACGGCGGCUGAGACGGAGAGCGAAGGGGGCAGAGAGCUGUGAAAUGUGCAUUCCGAGCAAAUCUGGACACUUGGAACAAUCCUCUGAUUGUUAAUGGAUUGUUAUAUUUGCGUUAACCUUUAAACUGCAAAACUAGCUCAGAUAUCCGAAUGAAGAGACGCUGGAUUUUAAUGCACAAGAGACAUGACCACUUUGCUUAUAUUUUUUGUCCUUUUUGAUUGAAUGAGCGUAUUUCUGACUGAGCACGCUUUAUUUUUUUACUAUCUGGCCCACAGGCCUUUUAUUUAACUUCAUUUAAUACUGGGCUUAUACCCCCAGAAAACAAUAGAGACACAAUGUUUUCGGCUUUGAAGAAACUGGUCGGAUCGGAUGUGUCCGGUUUGAGAGACAAAAAUAUUCCUGCAGGACUGCAGUCCAUGAACCAGGCUCUUCAGAGAAGGUUUGCAAAGGGCGUACAGUAUAACAUGAAAAUAGUGAUCCGCGGUGACAGGAACACUGGCAAAACCACUCUCUGGCAUCGGCUGCAGGGAAAGAAGUUUGUGGAGGAAUAUAUACCCACUCCGGAGAUCCAGGUUACCAGUAUCCACUGGAACUAUAAAACCACUGACGAUAUAGUCAAAGUUGAAGUUUGGGAUGUUGUUGAUAAAGGUAAAUCGAAAAAGGAGAAGAGCUCUCUGAAGAUGGAAAAUGAACCUCAAGAGGGGGACUCGGAUAUGGCGUUGGAUGCAGAAUUCCUUGACGUGUACAAGAAUUGCAAUGGCGUAAUAAUGAUGUUUGACAUUACCAAGCAGUGGACAUUUAACUACAUCCUGAGGGAGCUUCCCAAAGUCCCCAGCCAUGUGCCGGUGUGUGUACUAGGAAAUCACCGGGACAUGGGAGAGCAUCGGGUCAUUCUGCCUGAUGAUGUCAGAGAGUGCAUUCAGAACCUGAACCGACGCCCUGGUUCCUCCUACAUCCGUUACGCUGAAUCUUCUAUGAAGAAUAGCUUUGGACUGAAAUAUUUGUACAAAUUUUUUAACAUCCCUUUCCUGCAGCUUCAGCGAGAGACCUUAUUACGACAACUGGAGACAAACCAGCUGGACAUUGAUGCCACAUUGGAGGAGCUUUUGGUACAACAGGAAACUGAAGACCAGAAUUACGAAAUUUUCCUGGAGAUGAUAGAAAAUUAUAAGCAAAACCCAGUGGCCUCCAAUGGCCAAAGCCCAGGUUCUCAAUCACCAGUGGUCUCCACAAACGACGGCUCUCCUGGCAGCUCCAGUCCGGGCACACCUCAGCUACCAAGUGCAGUGCCAGCUUCCCCACCCUUAGCUUCUUCGCCACCGCCUCCUCCUCCUCCUCAGUCUGAUCUCCCUGAACCUAGCGCAUCAUCCCCUUCCACAGUAUCUUCUCCUCCAACAUCACAGGCUCCUCCUCCGCAAAAGAGAGGAUUUAUGUCUCGGUUAUUCGGAAGCUCCACACCAGACAGUGGCCCAGUCAUAAUGGGUGAGGGCAGCAGUUAUGAAGAGAGCAGUUCCCUUCCUGAGCAGCCUCCAAAGGUUCAGAGCGUUGAGGAUUUUAUCCCUGAUGAGAGUCUAGAUCGCAGCUUUCUGGAUGACACUGGAACUCAAAAAGAACAAGGUAGAGGUUCCCCCAGAUAUCGGCGAGACAGCGAUAGCGAAGGGGAGGCACCUGGGACGAAUCCAAUGGUUGCUGGAUUUCAGGAUGAUUUGGAUCCUGAUGACAGAAUAGCAAUGAAAACCGCAAAAUUGUCUGUCCCCAGCAAGAACAUCACCCUGUCCAGUGAUGAGGAGGGUCCCUCUCCUACAGUUGCUAUUACUGCAGAUGAAGACUUGGACUCUGAUCCAGAUGUUUGGAAAACAAAUGUAACUGGUCCUUCAAAAUUUCAAGAGAAAAGCAACCAAUCCCAGCUCCUUCCUGGUACCAAGGUACAAACUGCAACUAAAGCAAAGAAAGAUAAACCAGCGGCUCAAGAGGAAGAGAUUGAAAGUGAUCAGGAGGGACCAAUAGCCACUCAGAUGCUCUCGUUUGUCAUGGACGACCCAGAUUUUGAUAGCGACAAUUCGAGUAAAGUUAAGAAGACAAAGGACACAUUCCCUGUGCUGAACAUAUCUGACAGCUCAGAUGAAGAUGCCCCACCAUGCCCACCCCCACAGUCUUUGAAGACUACUGUACCUCCCUAUAAAAUGAGGCAAGAAUCAGACCUUUUUGGGUUAGGCUUUGAUGAGAAACCCAUAAAGGAGAACAGCGAGGAAGAUAAGGAAAGCAAAGGUUCUAAGGAGAAGAAGAAGAAAAAGAAAAAGACAAAGGAGGCAACAGAAGAGGAUAAAUCUACCAAGAAAAAGAGUAAAACUAAAAAGAGCAAAGAAAAGGAAGAGGGAAAAGAAGAGAAGAAAAAGAAAUCCAAAAAGACCAAGGAGAAGAAUGACUUUGAUGAACUGGAGGCAUUCCUUGGGGGCGGGGCACCAAGCCGGCCACGUUCAGGGGAAGAGUAUGAGGAGCUUUAAAUUUGAGGCAAAUCAUUUCUCAAACUACAUUCUCCCACCUGUUAGCUGCUUUGCUCAUCGGCUUAGCAGACUGUACUAAGCCUGGAGAAAGACCAUAUUAAAACAAAUUCCUUCCACUGCAAUCUUUAAAUGCCUGACGUGCAUUAUAGGAGCAGCAGGGGCCAUGCGGAAAUGAUGGGAUUUACCCCUUGACUGCCAAGAGGAUAAAACGGUUCUUUCUCAUUAAAAAAAAAAAAGAAUUCCCUACUCCGCCAUAUGCAACACAACAUUCUGCUUAAUUUAUUACAGAGGAUCUAUACAUACAUCUGUAUUAUGUGCCUGGUUUUGGUGUCUUUCAUUCGCGACGUUGUAAAUCUGUUUGUUCCCGUACCCUGUUCUUUCUUUUUGUUUUUUAUCCACCUAUUACAAGCAGAAAUAUCUGUCUCUUUGCGUUCUCUAAUUUAUAGAAAGGUUGGGUCAUGUCAGUCAUUCAUUUCAAGUGCAUUUAUAUUAAUCUUGAGUUUCCAUUCUUUAAAGGAACAUUUAAACCCAAAAAAUGUCUUUCAUGAUUCAGAUAGAUAAUACAAUUUUUAAACAACAUUCCAAUUUACUUCUAUUAUCUAAUUUGCUUCAUUCUUUAGCUAUCCUUUGUUGAAGAAAUAGCAAUGCACAUGGGUGAGCCAAUCACAUUAGGCUUCUAUGUGCAGCCACCAAUUAGCAGCUACUAAGCCUAUCUAGAUAUGCUUCUCAAUAAAGGAUAUCAAGAGAAUGAAGCUAAUUAGCUAAAAUAAGUCAAUUGGAAAGUUGUUUAAUAUUUUAUUCUCUAUCUGAAUCAUGAAAGAAAAAUUUUGAGUUUCAUGUCCCUUUAAGUAAACCAAUAGUUGGAAAUGUAAAGACAUGAAUCAUCUUAAUUUAUUUUGCAGGGAGAUAACAAACUUCUCAUUUUAAAACGAUUAUAACAUUUCUAACCUACUAUUUCAUAUCUGCAUCAUUUACUGCUAUACUUUAUAUAUUUUUCACCAUUAGGAAAAAGAUGGCGGUAUGGUGAAAACAAGUAGCCGCCGUGAGUCUAAGGUACUUGCGCAUUGCUUGUUUUUUUUUUUACAGGCCGGCUGCUUCAAAAACUGGUGUGAACCAAUUAAAGCUACUGGAACAGCAGAGGUGGUGUCACUACAGAUUUAUUUUUUUUGUGUAUAUUUCUUGUAGUUUUUAGAAAGAGUUCUGUGUCCGGUUUUGACCCACCUGAAUGUUUUGUUACCCCCUGUGUGUUUGAAGUGAUAAGCUAUUUUUAGAGACCUGGUUAAAUAAUUGGUUGAUGUUUUGUGGCAAACGUUGUUUACCUAUUGCUCUUUGUUAUAUAUAUUUGUUGCUCAAAGCCCAUUCCAGAUGCUUUUUUCAAAAACAAAAAUAUAAGCCGCACUGUUUUUCAUACUGGCAGCUCAUUCCACGCCCUUCUGCUACUUGGUGCUAUUUGAUCGUUCCCAAGACAGCUUGUGCACCCUUCUUCUGAAUGUGUACAAGUUCUAAUCUAGUCAAAGUCAUAGCCUUGACUUUGUCACUAUUAGUGUCCUCACCUGACUGCAAUGUGGUUAACUAAGGCCUUUUUUAUAACUUUGCAGACAUAUUGUCUCUAUUAGGAUUAAGAAGUACGGACUGACUACCAUUAUGAUCAUAUUAAUCUGUUUAUCAAAAGGAAAUCACUUUCCUAGUGAGCAUAGCAAUAGUUUGCAAAACAUAAGAACUAUGCGUUUCUGAGAUGGUUCUGCUCCUUAAAGCAAGUUCCAUGCCGGCGAAAUAUAUAUCAGUUGUUUUGUUACCAUUGUUGGCGUGCGUUAAACAUUAUGUCUCUGUAACAUAUCCUAGUGAGAAGUCAUAUACAGAUCUAACUUAUUUUGUUUCAAGUAACAACCCGCCUCAAUCUUGUCACAGCAGCUACACAUAGAAUUUGGGUUUCAUGUCCCUUUAAUUUGUUUCUUUCAUGAUUCAGAUAGAGAAUACAAUUUUAAAUAACAUUCCAAUGUACUUCUAUCGUCUUGCUUCAUUCUUCAGAUAUCUUUUUUUGAAGAACUAGCAAUGCGCAUGGGUGAGCCAAUCACACGAGGCAUCUAUGUGCAGCCACCAAUCAGCAUCUACUGAGCCUAUUUAAAUAUGCUUUUCAACAAAGAAUGUCAAGAGAAUGCAUCAAAUUAGAUAAUAUUAGUAAACUGGAAAGUUGCUUAGAAUUACAUUCUCUUUCUAAAUCAUGAAACAAAAAAAUUUGGGUCUCAUGUCCCUUUAAGUUCUCACAAUGAUGACAUCUGUCCUUUUAAUGUAAACUUUACCUGGCAUUAAAAAAUAAAAUAGACAAUCUGGACUCUUCCAGAAAUGUUAAAAUUAAUUCUUUCAAAUUUAGAAAAUCUACCUGCCAACCUAUAAAAGCUAUAAAUGGUUGGGAUAGGAUUUAGCAGAAGAAAAACCCACCAACCAAUCGAAUUUAAAACCUUACUUAGAGCAACGAUGACGUAUAAUGAUUACAGGAUCCAGGAAUUGUUUUUAGAUUGGUACCUUGGUUUCUCUGUGCAUCAUACACUGAUGAAGAUCUCGGGUGGCCUUUUUUUUGCUGCCGGUUCAAUAUCACAUGAAGUGCAAUUGGGACGUUAGAUUUUUGUCAUGCACACAGGGAUUCAUUUGGAUUGGACUGAUGUAGCAUGUACUAUGAACACUAUGGAGUCUGCUAUUUUGUUUGAUGAGUACACUCAGCUGUAUGUCAUUGGAAACAUGGCAAAAUAAUAAAUAUCUAAGACAUUUUGCGUAA